UAGACUUGGUGUAUUUUGACAGGCAGUCUUGUUUUUGUUUCUUUUGUUGUUUUUUGUAUUUGCUAUGUCGGGACGUGGCAAGCAAGGAGGUAAGGCGCGAGCAAAGGCCAAGUCUCGUUCUUCGCGGGCGGGGCUCCAGUUCCCUGUGGGGCGAGUCCAUCGUCUACUACGCAAAGGCAAUUACGCCGAGCGGGUAGGCGCUGGGGCCCCGGUGUAUCUGGCGGCGGUGCUGGAGUACCUCACGGCCGAGAUCCUGGAGCUGGCGGGCAAUGCGGCGCGCGACAACAAGAAGACCCGUAUCAUCCCGCGCCACUUGCAGCUGGCCAUCCGCAACGACGAAGAACUCAACAAGCUGCUGGGUCGUGUGACCAUCGCUCAGGGUGGUGUGCUGCCCAACAUCCAGGCGGUACUGCUGCCAAAGAAAACCGAGAGCCACCACAAGGCCAAGGGCAAGUAAUUGGACUGAGACCUGCGUUUCCGGAAGUGCUUUCAAACCCAAAGGCUCUUUUCAGAGCCCCCACUAUUUCAAAAGAAGCGCUAGUAUCACUGUAUAUUUGUAAAAUAACCAAAAAGGUUUCAGAAGCGUCUCAUUACAAACAGAUGCCUGGAUCUGGUGUGUCUCUCAAACUCAUCAAUGCUCAAAAAUAAAUGGAUUGGUGUCAGUGUUCUGACAUUACUGAUUGAUCCUGUACCUGCAAAAUUUUCUCUAUUAAAAACUUACUCUGGGUUUCUUUCA